AUGGCUUUGUCCGUUUCGGUGACCCUUCUCAGCGGCCAGCUUGCUGUGCUGCCGGCCACCACGGACACCAAAAUCAGGGAUCUCAAGCUGCAAGCGCAAAGAGCCCUUCAGACGGGUAUCCGAAGCCUGGUUCACCCCGAGAGGAAGGUUUUGCUUGACGAGUCGACUGUUGGCGAGAGUGGCCUGCAGGAGGGAGAUGUCCUCACGGCCGUAGCUCGCCAUGUCCUGGUGUGGUCGAGCCCGGCUGGCAGUGCCUUCGCGGUAAGCCGGAGCGACGGCUUCGUGUUCACCUGGGGGUUGUCCAUGUACGGAGGCGACAGCAGUGCUGUCAAGGAUCAGCUCUGGCAUGUGAAGCACGUGUGUGUCGGCGAUGCUGCUAGUGCCGCUGUUCGGGAAGACGGGACCGUGAUCACCUGGGGAGAUGAUUCCGAGGGCGGAGACAGCUCGAAGGUGAGCCAUGAUCUCCAUGACAUCAGGGAUGUCAGGGCUUCGCAUUCGGCCUUCGCCGCACUUCGCAACGACGGCGAAGUGAUUACGUGGGGUGCUGGUAACUUUGGAGGCCUGUGCCUGCUUCCACGAGAUCAGAUCCGCAAUGUCAAGCACGUGGAAUCCUCCUAUGCAGCUUUUGCAGCCAUCCGAGAUGAUGGGUCAGUGGUUGCCUGGGGCGACGAACGCUCCGGUGGGGAUUGCAGUAAGUGUAAGAGGCAGCUGGUUGACAUUGUGCGGAUUUCGUCCACCAGCGCUGCCUUCGCCGCUGUCACCUGCCGAGGGCAAGUCGUCACUUGGGGAGACCGCAUGAUGGGAGCAGACAGCUCUGCAGUCGCCGACAGGCUGCAGCAUGUUCAGUCCGUAGAGGGCAGCACAGGGGCAUUCGCCGCACUGCGAAAGGACGGAACGGUCGUGACGUGGGGCGCUGCAGCAUACGGGGGGGAUAGCAGGAAAGUCCAGGAACAGCUCCACGAUAUCCGGCUCCUUCGCGGCUCUAUGCGAGCUUUUGCUGCCUUGCGCCAAGAUGGCAGUGUGAUUACUUGGGGAGAUGCUGCCUUCGGUGGCAGCAGCGACAGCAUCCAGCACAUGCUGUCCGAUGUGCACCCCGCACUUUGUUAUGCUGUGUGCUUUUAUGGUACAGGGAUUGCGGGUUGGCCUGUGGUCGAGCCCUCAAACCCAAACCCUCUGUCCCUGCACCUUGCUUUGCUUCAUGCAAAGUUCAGGAAACAAACCGGUUCUAGGGCUGUAAGCUGCAGAACAUCCCAGAAAUUUUCAGAAUCUGAGCCUGAUUGA